GAGAAGCCAAAGAAGAAGCGGCAGCCUCGCAGCUCUGCUGAGGAAGGGGCCGAUACUGAGGAGGCAGCAGAUGGCGGCACUCCACCGAAGAAGAAGAAAGAAAAUAGAAGAAAGUCUAAAGUGCCUCAAGAGAGGACUGAGACAGAUUCUGAUGAGGACACCAAACAACAAGAAAACAGAAGCAACCUUAAAAAGAAGCCUUCUAAAAGAAGGAAGGAAGAUGAAGAAGCAGAGGGAGCUGAAGCAGGGAAGAAAGAGAACAGUGAAAGAGCUGAAGGAAAUCAGAGCACAACAGAGGAGCUGUCUCUAGCAGCCUCAGGGGAAGAGCCAAAUCCUCCACCUUCCAGUUUAAUGGUUCUUGGAGACUAUGACAGAAAACCAGUGCAGAAGGUUCAGCCUUUCUUGCCACAGUGGCUUGCUCAACCCAAACUAGUGCAAAAACGUAUCAAAGAUAAUCUAGUUCCAAUUGCAGACGUUCCAGGAAUUCAUCCUCGACUGUUGAAAAAGCUGCAAAUGAAUGGGAUAGAGUCAUUUUUUCCAGUUCAGGCAGAGGUGAUUCCUGCUAUUCUACAGAGUGCGUCCAAUGGGUAUUUGAUGGGGCCGGGAGGAUACCGACCCAGAGACAUCUGCGUCUCCGCACCUACUGGCAGUGGUAAAACCCUGUCGUUUGUCAUACCCAUAAUACAGGUUCUGCUAGAUCGAGUAGUUUGCCGAGUACGAGCUCUGGUUGUUCUGCCCACCAAAGAACUGGCACAACAGGUGAGUAAAGUGUUCAACAUUUACACUGAUGGGACAGGUCUGAAGGUCGUUUUGAUUACUGGCCAGAAAUCUUUUGCAAAGGAGCAGGAGAUGCUUGUCCAGAAAAAAGUGACAGGCUACUGCAGCCUGGCUGAUAUUAUUGUGGCAACGCCAGGCCGGCUCACGGAUCACAUCAACCAGACCCCGGGGUUCAGCCUGACACAGCUUCGCUUCCUGAUUGUAGAUGAAGCUGACCGUAUGAUUGAUGACAUGCACCAAAACUGUCUGAACCAAAUUGUGAAAGCUGUGUUCCGGGUAGAAGAUGACUCUGGCUCCAACAUGCUUUUUCAGAGGAUCAAACCAGGGCCUGUAACAGCAGCCAGCUCCUGCUAUCUUCAGAUACCCUUACAAAAACUGCUGUUUUCAGCCACGCUGACCCAGGACCCAGAGAAACUUCAGCAGUUGGACUUAUUCCAGCCUCGUCUCUUCACGUCUGUCUAUUCUGAGAAAAAAACACUUGGAGAUGGAACAGAGACUGAACAAGAUAGUAAUAAGAAAUACACGCUCCCUGAGGAGCUGUCGCAAUGUUAUGUGCCUUGUGACCUGAAUUCCAAGCCUUUGCUCCUCUUACAUUUCAUGCUGACAAUGAAAUUUACCCGCGUGUUGUGCUUUACCAACUCCAGGGAAGCUUCUCACAGAUUGUUCUUGCUGGUUCAAGCCUUUGGUGGAGUCACUGUGGCUGAAUUUUCUUCUCGGUUACCUCCAAAGGAGAGACAGAGAACCAUGAAGGAAUUUGAACAGGGAAAAAUACAACUGUUAAUCAGCACAGAUGCCACUGCACGAGGGAUUGACAUUCAAGGAGUGAAUUAUGUAAUCAACUAUGAUGCGCCGCAGUUCAUCAGGACAUAUAUUCACCGAGUUGGAAGAACAGCUCGUGCAGGAAAAGUGGGUGUUGCUUUCAGCUUCGUCCUUAGAAUUCAGGAACGUAGUUUUCUGCGGAUGUUGAAGGAUGCCGGCAUCCAAGACAUAAAGAAGCAGCCAGUGAAGGGCAACUCAUUAAAGCCGUUGGUGCAGCAAUAUGAGGAAGCUCUGUGUAAGCUUGAGAAGACAGUCAAGAAUGAGCGAGCACAGAAACGAGCCUGA